UUGAGAAAUCAGGAGGCGGGUUUCUUCGCCACACGUUCUUUGUGCGUUCAAUCAGUCGUUCCAUGAAUCCCUCCACAACAAACGGGCUUGUUUGCGUAAAAUAUUAACUUUAAUUAAUUAAUUGGAGUAAAGUAUUUAAGAAGGCGAGACCGCAUAAAAAAUACAUACCUCAGCAGUAGCGCUGGAAAAUGUCAAAGUGGCAAAAAAAGCCAAUGGGACCUCCACCAAAGGGGACAUCCUCCUCUUCAUGGGUUAAGAAACAAAAUGGGGACAAUCCAGCAAAGAAACCUCGCAUUGCUGACGACGAUGAAGACAUGGAUGACAUGGAAGGUGACGAUAACAUGGAAUUCGAUGAGGACAUGGACAUGGGUCCGAUAGAUCCAGAAUCCCAAGAUAAUGGCGAACUUAACGAUGACGAAGUUGAGACCAACGUUGAUCUCGAAGCACUGUAUGAACAAUGGGGACGGCCCCCUAUCAAAGAAUGGGAUCCGAAGAAGAAGAACUUGCCCUUCCAACAAAUGGUGCUGGAUCAUUACAUUUCUUCCAAGCCUAUCCCAGGCAUGCCAGGGGCUAAAAUGGGACCCGUUCCUGUUAUUCGGAUGUACGGUGUCACUGAAGAUGGGCAUGCAAUAUGCUGUCAUGUUCAUGGAUUCUCGCCAUAUUUUUACGUCUCCGUACCAGAGCAGUUCACUUCCCGACAUUGUGGCGAGUUUAAACAAUCCUUAAAUCAGGCACUGUUGAAGGAUAUGCGGUCCAGCAAGGACAACGUGACGGAGGCCGUCCUUAUGGUUGAACUAGUUUAUAAAAUUAACAUUUACGGCUACAGAGGUGAAAAUAAGUCUCCCUUUGCCAAAAUUACACUCGCCGUGCCUCGAUUAAUAGCAGCAGCAAAGAGGUUACUGGAAAAGGGGGAGGUCUUCAUCCCAAGUUUGGCAGGGUCGUGCAACUACCAAGCGUUCGAGUCUAAUUUGGAUUUUGAAAGCAGAUUCAUGGUUGAUAGAAAUGUUGUUGGGUGCAACUGGGUCGAGCUACCGGCCGGAAAGUACUUUGUGAGGAAUAAAGAGUUGGCAAAUGUAAACACGCCCGGAGGAAAUGCUAACGUGACGACUCUAUGUCAAAUUGAGGUUGAUGUUGCUUUCGACGCCCUUAUUUCUCACUCGACUGAAGGCGAAUGGGGUAAAGUUGCCCCCUUUCGAAUCCUAUCGUUCGACAUUGAGUGUGCUGGACGGAAAGGGAUUUUUCCCGAACCGGAUAAGGAUCCAGUCAUCCAGAUUGCAAACAUGGUCGUGCGACAAGGAGAGACUGAGCCCUUCGUUAGAAUGAUCUUCACACUGGACACGUGCGCGCCGAUUAUCGGGUCUCAAGUGAUGUGUUACGAGUCGGAGGAUCAAUUACUCAAAGCGUGGGCAGAAUUUGUGCGGCGCGUGGAUCCUGAUAUCCUCACUGGCUACAAUAUUAACAACUUUGACUUAUGGUACCUCAUCAAUCGAGCGACGCAUCUAAAAGCAACCAGUUUUCAUUUUCUUGGCAGAGUGAAAACCAUAAAAUCCGUGGCGAGGGACGUUGUUUUACAGAGCAAACAAAUGGGUCGGAGAGAAAAUAAGUCUAUCAACAUUGAAGGAAGAAUCAUCUUCGAUCUGCUCCUCGUUCUCGUUCGCGACUACAAACUGCGUUCCUACACUUUGAACAGUGUCAGCUUCCAUUUCCUCGGGGAACAAAAGGAGGACGUUCAUCAUUCAAUCAUCACUGACUUGCAAAAUGGAAAUGCGCACACGCGACGUCGCUUGGCCGUCUAUUGUCUCAAAGAUGCUCUCCUCCCACUCCGAUUGUUGGAUAAGUUAAUGUGUGUCAUCAAUUACAUGGAAAUGGCGAGGGUCACGGGAGUUCCGUUACACUACUUGCUCACUCGCGGACAACAGAUCAAAGUGGUUUCUCAACUUUUACGAAAGGCGAAAGAUUACGACUACGUGAUGCCGACCUACCAUGGAUCCGGAUCUGACGAGCAGUUCGAAGGGGCAACUGUAAUCGAGCCAGUUCGAGGUUAUUACGACGUCCCCAUCGCCACCUUGGAUUUUGCCUCGCUGUAUCCGAGUAUCAUGCAGGCGCACAACUUAUGCUACACCACCCUACUCAAAGCCAACCAAAUUGGUCCAAUGAAUCCGGACACCUUCAUCCGCACUCCAUCCAACAACUACUUCGUCAAGAGUUCCGUACGUAAAGGAAUUCUCCCCGUGAUUCUGGAGGACCUCCUCUCGGCGCGAAAGAAGGCGAAAAACGAUCUCAAAAACGAGAAGGACGAGUUCAAACGGAAAGUGUUGGAUGGGCGACAGUUGGCUUUGAAAAUCAGUGCUAAUUCUGUGUAUGGAUUUACGGGGGCUCAGGUUGGAAAGUUGCCUUGUCUGGAGAUCAGUCAGAGCGUGACGGCCUUUGGGCGGAUGAUGAUCGAACUCACGAAGAACGAGGUGGAGCAGAAAUUCUGCAUCGCAAAUGGCUACGAGCACGACGCGAAGGUCAUUUAUGGGGACACAGAUUCUGUCAUGGUGCGAUUUGGGGUGAAUAAUGUGGCCGCAGCGAUGGCACUGGGUACCGAGGCGGCUGGAUUCGUCUCUGAAAAAUUCAUCGCUCCUAUUAAACUGGAGUUUGAAAAGGUGUACUUUCCGUAUUUGCUCAUUAACAAGAAACGCUAUGCCGGAUUGUACUACACUCGGCCAGAAAUACAUGACAAAAUGGACUGCAAAGGUCUCGAAACGGUUCGUCGAGACAAUUGUCCUCUCGUCGCAACAGUGAUGAAUACCUGUCUGGAAAAAAUCCUAGUCCAAAGGGACCCCUUCGGUGCAGUCAGCUACGCCAAAAAUGUCAUCUCCGAGCUUCUCCUUAACAAGCUGGACAUUUCUCAACUCGUCAUCACCAAAGAGUUGACGAAAACUGAGAAAGAAUAUGCCGCAAAACAAGCUCAUGUCGUAUUGGCGGAAAAAAUGAAGAAGCGAGAUCCUGGAACUGCACCUAAAUUAGGAGAUCGUGUGCCUUACGUUAUCAUUGCUGCUUCAAAAGGAACUCCAGCUUAUGCCAAGGCAGAGGAUCCAAUCUAUGUGCUGGAGAACAACAUUCCAAUCGACUAUCUUUACUACCUUGAAAAUCAAUUGAGCAAACCUCUCACACGUAUUUUUGAGCCCAUUUUAGGCGAAAAGACGGAAUCAGUCCUAUUGCGUGGAGAUCACACACGGCACAAGGUUUUAGUGACAUCCAAAGUCGGGGCUCUGGCUAUGUUCACUACCAAGAAAGCCGUUUGCGUCGGGUGCAAAUCUGUGAUGAAGGAUGACGAUAAGAACGCUCUUUGUAAACACUGCUCAUCCAACGAGACCGAGAUUUACAUGGGCAUGCUGAACAAAUUGUCCACCCUGCAGAUAAAAUAUAAUCGCUUAUGGACCCAAUGUCAGCGAUGCCAAGGAUCCCUUCAUGAGGACAUUCUCUGCACAAGUCGAGAUUGUCCAAUCUUUUAUAUGAGGAAGAAAGUAAUCUUGGACCUUGAAGAACAAGACACAAUGAUUCGUCGCUUCGAUUGACUGAUUUAAUUUAAUUCGGAUUUAAUUAAUUAUCAUUCAGGUUGACACAUACUUUUAUUUACUGUCUCCAUAUUAUUUGUAAAGUUUGAAUCAAUUGAUUAAAAUUACUACUCGUACUUGAAUCCUGAUAAUAUUUGUAUUUAAAACAAGUGAGGAUUUUGUGUCAGAUACACAAGUAUAAAAAUGCGGUAAUAAA